AUGAAAUCAAAUAUAUUGUCAUAUGGAUAUGAAAUCAAUAUCAAAAACUAUGAAGGUGAAAAAGUAUAUGAGUACAUACCAAAAAAAGACAUAGCUGAAGAAUUUUUAAUGUGUGAUUUAUUUAUUAAUUGUCUUUAUUUAAGAUAGCAUACUAAAAUGAUUAAUAAACAAAAAUUAUUGUUUAAAUAUGAUGAGACUGAUAAAUUACUGUCAUCACUAUGUCAAUAAUAAUAAUGCAAUUAAGAACUGUUAUUAAAUAUAGGAAGUAUUAAUAUGAUUAUUAAUAAUAGAAUAACUAUUAGAAGCAAUUUGGUAUUUACAUUAACAUAAUAUUCCAGGAAGAUGUUUUAAUAUCAACAAUAUUUUAUGGAAUUAGGUAUCCAAAAAAAUAACUCUUAUGGAGUUUGGCUUAACAAGUCCUUUAAUAAUUCUACCACCGGAAUUACUUAAUAAAAAAUAUAGAUGCUAUGGAAUUGAAAUUGAUUCCUUUCUAUUUGGAUGUGUUCUCUAUUAAUUGUAUUAUAAGAAGCCUUUAGAUUAUUAAGAAAAUUCAUUAGAUAUACAAUUUCGUAAUUUAAAUAUGGAAUUGAAUGAUAUUUCUUCACCUAUUCUUAAAGAACUAUUAAUUGGAUCCCUUCAAUUUAAUUUAUCUAAGAGAACUCAUUUUAAAGAUUUAGCAAAACUUCUUCGAUGUAAUUAAGAUAUAAUUAAUUUCUAUUCUUCUUCUAAGAGAUACAGAUAUACAUAAAAUAUUAUAGAUUAAAAAAUCUUUUUUAGAGAAGCUAGAUAAAAUCCAACUUAUAUUAUUACAGGCUCUGCUUUAAUGUAAUCCUUAAUCUUUUCACCAACUUUAUCUGAAGAUCAAUUUAAAUCUCAUGAUCAAUUUAAAUCUCAAGAUCCCUUAAGGUAAAGUAUUAAAAUUAAAAUUAUUGAAUCCACAACUAUGUAGAAUGUAAAAACCUUAGAAAUUAGUAAAUUUUAAUGUUUUAAUACUGCUUUAAGGAUACUAAAAGAAUUUGAUACAAGCGUCGCCCCAUAAAUUACAUUAAGUAUUUUAGCUCUUAAUUUUGGUUAAAUCUAUUUUAAUAUGCAUUUAAGAAAAGAAUUAGAAGAUAGAAAUUCUUCAUAUUUUUAUUCAAAUGAAAAAGAGAAGGAAGAAUGGGAAAUAUUUAGAGAUGUUACAUAAAAUGUAAUUUCUGAAGAUAUCAAAUAGUUAAAAAAUAAAUAUGAUACUUUUUUAGUAUCUUAUAAUAGAGAAGGUGAAUUAAAUUAAGUUGAAUAUCAAAUUAACAAUAAUAAAUAAGAAGAUCAUUAAUUCUUAAUUGAAUAAUUAGCUAAAAUUAAAUUGUUUAAUUAUACUUAGAGUGCGGAAAAAAAUAUAAAGACAUUUCUAGAUGCUUAUAGAACUUAAUGUCUCUACACUUUAUCCUUAGUUGAUUUAAAUUUAGAUUUUACAACAACUGUCUUUAAAUAUUAUUUACUCAGAUAAAGUUUAUUGUUGUGUGCAUUUCCUGAUCUAUUAUUUAAACCUUAAUUAGAAUGUCACAAAUAGAUUUGUGAAGUUUUGAAUAUUAAAAUGCUCAGCAAGUAUGAAUAAUUUGAAGAAUCCCUAAAAUCCUCCUAAUCCUUACAUUUACAAUGGUUUCAACUUACUAUCAAUUAUUUAAAGAAUCAUCAAGUUGGCAAAUAAUAUUAAUAAAAUUUGAGUUAAAUUUAAUGA